UCCCCCGUCGCCAUUUUGUUUAGCGUGGCUCGCUCCCCAGGCCCAUUCCCUCUAGCUCAGGAGCCUGUACAAGACCGUAGUCCUGGUUCUUUAUGCUGCUGAGUGAGUAUUGACCCCAACCACGCACUAGGAUGGGGAAACCAACUAAGCAGAGGAAAAAGGGCCAAGUGGCUGCCAGGGCCAAGGGCCCCAGUGGGGCAGGGACAGCGUUGGUCAAGAACAACCCUUUUGAAGUGAAGGUCAAUAAGCAGAAGUUCAAUAUCUUGGGGAGGAGAACCAAACACGACGUGGGGCUGCCGGGCGUCUCGCGGUCCAAGGCUGUCAAGAAGCGUACACAAACUUUGCUGAAAGAAUACAAAGAACGGGAAAAGUCCAAUGUAUUUAAAGAUAAGCGUUUUGGUGAAUAUAAUACCAAAAUAAGCCCAGAGGAGAAGAUGAUGAAGAGGUUCGCUUUGGAACGACAGCAAAAUCAUGAAAAGAAAAGUAUCUAUAAUCUCAAUGAAGAUGACGAAUUGACCCAUUAUGGCCAAUCUUUAGCAGAUAUUGAAAAACUUAAUGAUGUUAUUGAUAGCGACAGUGAUACUGAAGAAAGAGGAAUAUUGUCAGCUGAGCUAACUGCUGCUCACUUUGGAGGGGGUGGAGGUCUCCUUCGUAGGAAAGCACUCACUGGGGAACAAGAUGAAGAGGAGGAAAAACCUAAAUCUCGCAAGGAGCUCAUUGAAGAGCUGAUUGCCAAAUCCAAACAAGAGAAGAGAGAGAGACAGACUCAGAGAGAGAAUGCCUUGGAACUCACAGAAAAACUUGAUACUGACUGGAAAGAAAUCCAAACCCUUCUCUCUCACAAAACCCCCAAGUCAGAGAGGAAAGAUAAAGAAGAGGAGAAACCCAAGCCUGAUGAGUAUGAUAUGAUUGUUCGAGAACUUGGGUUUGAGAUGAAGGCGCAGCCCUCUGACAGGAUGAAAACUGAGGAAGAGUUGGCGAAAGAGGAGCAAGAAAGACUACAGAAAUUAGAGGCUGACAGACUGCGUCGAAUGCAUGGAAAAGAUGAACAGGAGAACAAAAAGAAACCCAAGCAUAUGUCAGCUGAUGAUUUAGCAGAUGGCUUCAUCCUGGAUAAAGAUGACAGACGUUUACUUUCUUAUAAGGGUGGAAAACUCAAUGUUGGAAAUGAAGAAGAAGAAGGUGGGAAUGAAGAAGAGGAGGGAGAGAGUGAAGAAGAAAGUGAGGGAGAGCCUGGUGGAGAAGAUGAGGAAGAAGCAAUUGUUGAGGAAGAUGAUGCUACAGAUAGUCCCUCUGACCUGGAAUCUGACAUGGGGAGUGAGGAAGAGGUCACUGCAAAUGAAGAACAGGAGGAGAAACACAAAGGAAAUGAAAAGAAACUGCAAAGUGAGGAAGAACAAAAUGCUAAAAUAGAAGCUGCCAGAUCUGAGCUUCCAUACACAUUUACUGUUCCAGAAUCCUAUGAGAAACUUAAAUCUUUACUGUUUGGAAGAAUAAUAGAAGAACAGCUAGUUAUCCUAGAGAGGAUUCAGAAGUGCAAUCAUCCAAGCCUUGCAGUGGGAAACAAAGCAAAGUUAGAAAAACUGUUUGGCUUCCUUCUGGAGUACGUUGGGGAAUUAGCAACUGUGGAGCCACCAGAGCUCAGAAGAAUUGACAAAUUGGUCCUGCCGUUGUACAGUCUUUGCCAGAUGUUUCCUGAAGCUGCAAGUAACAGUGUUAAGUUUGUCCUGCAAGAUGCUGCACAUGACAUGGAAGAAAUGAUUGAAGUCAAAGGGCGUGCAACAUUUCCAGGGCUAGACAUGCUCAUUUAUUUGAAAAUUACUGCAAUACUGUUUCCUACCUCUGACUUCUGGCACCCAGUGGUAACACCUGCAUUGGUAUAUAUGAGUCAGUUACUUACUAAGUGCCAAGUCAUGACACUACAAGAUGUUGUUAAAGGAUUAUUUGUGUGCUGUUUGUUCCUGGAAUAUGUAUCACUGUCUCAAAGAUUCAUACCAGAACUUAUCAAUUUCCUCGUUGGAAUACUUCACUUAUCUAUACCUCAAAAACGACCACAGGGCUAUAUUCUAGUGCAUCCUUUCAGACCGGCAGGAAAAAAAUCAGACUUACUCUUGGUCUGUGAUAAGAAGGAUAUGGAGACCUGGAAAAAGCAAAAUCUGCCACUCAGUAUUGUGACUAGAUUAAAGGAAAGCAGCAAAACAGAAAUGAAUCAUUUCAGGUUAUCAUGUCUAGCCGUGUGUUUGGAUCUCAUUAAGAAAUGUGCAGCUUUGUAUGAAUCUUUGUCAUCCUUCCAUGAAAUAAUGCAACCCAUCAGAGUACUUCUUACAGAACAUAUACCAGUGAGUGAAUACCCUAAACAACUGCAGGAGUUGCAUCAAAAUGCUCUGAAAGAGCUAGAGGACAAAGGAAAACACUAUAUCCCAUUGGUGUGUGAGAAAAAGAAGCCUGUGCCAUUGAAACUGUACAUGCCCAAAAUUGUGAAAGUCCUGGAGUUUGGGAGGAAACAGGGAGGCAGCAAGGAGGAGCAGGAAAGAAAGAGACUGAUUCACAAACACAAACGUGAAUUUAAAGGAGCUGUUCGGGAGAUCCGGAAAGAUAACCAGUUCCUGGCUAGAAUGCAGCUUUCAGAAAUUAUGGAAAGGGAUUCUGAUAGAAAAAGAAAAGUGAAAAAUCUUUUCAAUAGCCUUGCUACACAAGAAGGUGAAUGGAAGGCAAUGAAGCGGAAGAAGUUUAAAAAUUAGACAGUGACAUUCUACAACAGGAAACCCUGGGACAUUAUAUUUUUACUUUCAGGUAAAAUAUAAACUGAUGGAUUUUGAGGAGACUUUAUAUCUUUGUGCAUUCCUUUUGUGGAAAACACGUGCCUUCAAGAACGAUCUGAAAAAGGAUUCUGAUAAAUUGGUUAGCUGGCUGUAUUUUUUCAUGUGAAAAAUAAAGAUAACAUCCUUUUG